GUGCCCACUUGGUUCGAGCAUGGCCGAGAUGGAAACGCAGAACACCGGGGCGGAGGACGGCUUUACUCCCGUCACACACAGAGGGGGCCGGCGGGCAUGGACACGGAGGAGGCCCUGCCGGCGAAGAGGCCCAUCUUCCCUCCGCUCUCGGGCGAGCGGCUCCUGACUGGGAAAGAAGAGACGAGAAAAAUCCCGGUCCCCGCGAACAGAUACACGCCAUUAAAAGAAAACUGGAUGAAGAUAUUUACUCCGAUAGUAGAACAUUUGGGACUUCAGAUACGCUUUAACCUGAAGUCAAGGAAUGUGGAAAUCAGGACUUGCAAAGACACCAAGGAUGUCAGUUCCCUGACAAAAGCAGCCGAUUUUGUGAAAGCCUUUGUUCUCGGGUUUCAGGUGGAGGAUGCACUUGCCCUUAUCAGGCUGGAUGACCUCUUCCUAGAGUCUUUUGAAAUAACCGACGUUAAGCCCCUAAAAGGAGAUCACCUGUCAAGGGCAAUAGGAAGAAUUGCUGGCAAAGGAGGAAAAACCAAAUUUACCAUAGAGAAUGUGACACGGACACGGAUUGUUUUAGCAGAUGUGAAAGUUCACAUUCUCGGCUCUUUCCAAAAUAUCAAGAUGGCGAGGACUGCCAUCUGCAACCUCAUCCUAGGAAAUCCUCCAUCAAAGGUUUAUGGCAAUAUCCGAGCUGUGGCCAGCAGAUCAGCGGACCGGUUCUGAUUCCCCUCGACCCUUGAGAUGUUCACAGAAAACCAUGGGAAGAUUUCCCAGCCACCUACUGCUCAGGUUCCUUUUCAGGUCUCAGCCCAAGCAGAAGCAGAAAGGGAAGGUUUAACAGGACUUGCACCCCCCUGCUUCUAGAAUAAUUUAAAUAUGAAAAUGUAAUGCUGUUAAUUCUUAACACAUUGAGUGUAAAUUGCUGCUGUCUUUUUCACACAGAGUCAGACUCACAGUUUAAAAUCCUGUCAUUUAGAGGCAGCUUCUUAAGACAGAUUUGUAACUAAACUUACAAGCAUUUUUUCUCUGAAAAUUUUAAUUAAAAUCUCCACCUGUGAAUCACAGUCUUUGGUACAGGGCACUGUGACUGCUUCAGGGUUGGGGCAUAACAUUAGUCUGCACUAUUGAACCUAAUGUGUUCAUCUUUACACUCAGUGCAGUUUAUGAAAUGAAAGCCCUGCACCACAAGGCUAAUGAAUUACUUUACAAAUAAGUAAUAAAAGUAAAACUGUUUUCCAAACAGUAUAUUCUUGUAACUAGUGUCUGUGUAUAUGAAUUUGCUUAUUUUUUUUUCUUAUAUUGUUUAGAACCUAUUUCAUUAAACAUGAGAUUUAGAUACUACAGUCUCUUUUGUUUCUCAGUGACCUUGACCAAAAUAUUGUAAUGAUUGGAGUAUCAGGAAAUUCAUGCAAUAACCAAAUGAAGUAGUAGUUUUAAAUUUUUAACUUUUUAAGAGUUGCUAAAUACUUAUGAGUGUUUUAUGCAUCUAGGUAUGUGCAUCAUGUAUGCACCUGGUACCCUAAGAAUAGAGAAUCUGAUCCCUUAAGUGGAGUCAUCAGAUAAGGUUGCGAGUCACCAUGUUUUCUGCAAGCAAGUCUGAGAGGUCAGCAAGUGCUCUUAACCAUUGAGCCGUCUCUCCAGCUCCUCUUGAUUUUUGAGACAGGAUAUGUAGCUAGUCCAAGCUGGCUGUAACUGUCUAGCCCCACUUGCCUCAAACUUGGGACAGUCUCCUGCCUCAAUAUACCAUGUGCCAGGGUUACAACUGUGUGCUAUCAUGCCCUGUUUAGUAGUAUUUUUGUUAAACUUGGGUUCCCUAUUAUCAGUGGGAAGUGCUAACUGUCCUAGCUGCUUUGUACCUUGCUCAUGCUGUCUACCAACAGGAAAUUGCUGGAGUGUUCCCCCAAAGGACAGAAUGUUCAAUAUUAUCAAACCUCAUUAAAAAGAACUUGUUGGGAA